AUGGACUCUAAAACGCCCAGGCCGUUCCACGUGCCCACAUUCAACGCGCCGGAGCAGCAUCUACGGGACUUGGACCGGUCUGUAUCUCCGUGCGAGAUUCCCAACGCCACCUCUUUGGCAGAGGAGCAGAAAAAGGCCAAGCCAGGCUCGGUCUUGGUGCCGCUCGAAAAGGAGCAGGUCGACUUGCGCGAGGCGUCUGCGGACAGUCUGACGGUGGUGAUGGAACUCGAUCUAGAUUGCAAUCUACGCUAUAUCAGUAGUAACUGGGAAAACAUGGUGGGCACCUCGGUCAAGAAAAUCUUGAACAAGCCCAUCAGCAACAUUUUGAUCGGCAGCUCGGAGGCUGACUUGCGAGUGUUCAGCGAUGCCAUGGCGCAGAUGAUGUGUGACAAUGCUUCGUAUAAGGUGAAGUUUGUGACGGCCACAAACGACAGAAACGACGCAUGUGACGAUCUGGAUCCCGAAGAACAACAACAGGGCGGAGAAGCUUCUGAUCAAGCAAUGUCCGAACAGAAAUGCGAAGACCAUACGAUGGAGGAGUCCAAUCGAGACGCAGAAACCUCUGGUCUGACGGCAGGAUCCAAUGGAGGACAUUCGCCCCCUUCCUCAGUGAGCUCACGGGUUUCCAACAACGGUGGAAUCAUCGAGCUAGAAGCUCAAGGUAUCUUGAUUAACGACCCUAACACUCGCUUACCCACGCAUUCCAUCUGGACCGUACGGCCUUUUGUGCGUAUCGACUUAGAGCUUACUAUCCCGCCGGCGUUGGUCGACCUUCUUGGCUUUGGCUCGGAAAUUUUUGAGGGCUACUUGCUCAAUUUACGAGAGGCAGGGAUCAUUGACGAAAACUCGGUGCCCGAACCCAAAACUGUGUUAUGUCGUAUCUGUGAAACAAACAUUCCCGCGUGGUUUAUCGAGAAACACAGUGACUUGUGCCUCUUGGAACACAAGGUCAAAGAAGACUUACAGCUCGCGCAUGACCUUAUUGCCGACCAGCGUGACUUAGUUUUCAAAAUCUCCGAAAGUUUGUGGCUUCAACAGUACGACUCACACAGCGGUUCAUCCUCCCCCUGCUCUUCUACAAGCUCCUUGUCAUCUUCUCCAAGCUCGAACAAAGUUUUUCACACAUAUAAGGAUCUCCCUUUACCCUGUAUGUCCCCUGACAUCGGCUUGAUACGAAACAUGUCAAAGACGCCAGAACAGCCGUACUUCCAAUCAUCCAAAAAGUUCCCCUUUGGCAUUUUGCAGAAACUUAUCGAGUACUGUGACGAGGCGCUUCUAAUAAACCCUGCCGAUAAACUGGAAGAGACAGGUGAGCUUCUGUUCUCACCUAAAACUGAGCAUGCUAUCGGUGUGAUGAUGAAUUGGAAACCUCUCGAAACAUCUGAUCCGGCAAUAAACGCCAUUGUUGAGGAUGUCCAGCGCCUUGUGGUAGAUAAAGUUGAUAUUUUGACAAGACUUAUCUCCAUUGACCAAUACUCAGACAAGAUAAAACAGGAAGUGGACGAAUUGGUCCUACAGUCUGUUAAGGAAACGGUGGCCAAGAUCAGAGAGAAAACUCGCGAGCAAGAAAAUCCUGAUCUGAUACAUCGAACCCUGCUCACAGGUCCAGGUAGCCUGAAGUCGGUUUUCUCAUUGGAAGAAACUGUUACUCCAAAUCUACAGAAUAGCGAUGUCAUGGCGAUUUCAGAUCCAGUUUCGCCUAAUGAGCUGUCCCUGGAGGUGAAGUUGCAUUCACCGCAGCCUUCAAGGAUCAGAAGCCCAACCUCUAAAAUGCUAGGAGACACUUACUUUAGGGACUCAGGGGCAAAAUCUCCUUUCCGCUCAAUCACCCCAAGAGAUCUUCUCCGAGAACGACCGGUGGAUUUGUCUCGGUCCAACUCCUCAUUAUCCCCCAGCUCGUCUUACCCUGGACUCAAGGCGGUAGUCGACUCUUUGAAUGACUUAGAAUUAUCUAAGACGCCUGAAGACCCUUUGAAAUCGGGCUCAUCAUUGUCCUCUCCUCGCAAACACUUGUCUCCUGUUCCUUACGUCGAGCGACAGAGCCUUUCGACGCUUCAGAAAAAUGUCACCACUCGUCUUGAUCUGCCACCUUUAAUUUCAGGAAGUCGGGAAAGUUCCCUUGCUCAGCCUUUCGUUUCCCGCCCACUGGUGUCUGAUCUGUCGUCAUUUUGUUUGACUCCGAACACGGAAAGAUUAACUAAUCCAUUAGUUCUGGAGAAUUCGCCUAAUCAACUUACAUCCACUAAUCUGCAAUCUUCUAACAGCCCUGCAUUCCGUGUUGCAACACCUUCGGCUCCAGCGAGGAGCUCUUUCACUUCGAGCUCCAAACCCCCUUUAUCGCCUUUGCUCGUUUCACAAACUCCAACUAUGAAACCUAGUUCUGGAGGGACCAAGGAUUACGAGAUCAUCAAGGCUAUUAGUAAAGGUGCGUUUGGGUCCGUCUUUUUGGCCAAAAGGAGAUUAACUGGCGAUUAUGUUGCUAUAAAGUGUCUCAAGAAAAGAGAUAUGAUUGUCAAGAAUCAGGUUUUCAACGUACGGUCUGAAAGAGCAGUUAUGAUGAGACAAACGGAUUCUCCCUAUAUUGCUCAACUUUACAGCACCUUCCAAACGAAAGAUUACCUUUACUUGGUCAUGGAAUACUUGAAUGGAGGUGAUUGCGCUACCCUACUAAAAAUGUUAGGCACAUUGGAAGAUAAAUGGGCGAAGCGGUACAUUGCAGAGGUAGUCGUUGGGAUUAGUGAUUUGCAUAAACGAGGCAUUAUCCAUCGUGAUUUGAAACCUGAUAAUCUUUUGAUUGAUAGUUCAGGCCAUUUAAAAUUGACUGACUUUGGUCUCUCUAGAGUCGGUGUCAUUGGUCGUCACACUUCGCAACACAGAAAAAGCAGUGCUUCCGAACAGGCAAUUGAAAUUUUCAGAAGGAGUUUGCAUAACAAUUCGAUCCAAAGCCCUUUGGCCGCGAUGGAUUCCCCAGAGCUUUUGCCUCUCAAUCACAAACGGAACCUGUCAGUCACUCCAUUUUCGCUAUCUCCUACAACGGAACAUCUCAAAUUGCAGACAGGACCUGUGACUUCUGAAACUGCCCCUUCAUUUCUAUCCACGAAAAAGAGAUCUGGAUCUCUCUUGCGUGGUGCUAACAGCACGAGAUCUGGUUCUAACAGUAGCAGUACAGACUCGCCUAAUCUUCAUCCAGUUCUACCCAGAACGUCUUCUGAAUCUUCUUUCGCGAUCGUUGAUGACGACUACCAACAGGGUUCAUAUCCUAGUGAUCCUCCUAUCAGCUCUUUGGCACUUUUCGAUCCUGAUCAAGAAAAUUCGAAUGUGAAGCUGUUCGUGGGAACCCCUGAUUAUUUAGCACCGGAGAUUAUUUCGGGUGAGGCACAAGGCGAAUAUUCAGAUUGGUGGUCUAUUGGGUGUAUCUUGUUCGAGUUUUUGUUCGGAUAUCCGCCUUUCCAUGCAGAUACUCCAGAAAAGGUAUUCAGAAAUAUUCUCAAAGGCGAGAUCGACUGGCCUCCUUUAGAUGAAAAGGAGAUGAGAAAGUAUUGUUCCGUUGAGGCUGAAGAUUUGAUCAAGAAAUUAUUGAAUAUGGAUUUCGAGCACAGACUUGGAUUUAAUGGUGCAGACGAAAUUAUGAGGCAUCCAUACUUUAAGGGGGUCAAUUGGGAUACAUUAUACCUGGAAGUUCCGGACUCUUUUAUACCUGUAGUGGAUGAUCCAGAGUCCACUGACUACUUUGAUUUACGUGGUGCAGACAUUUCCCAAUUUCCCAAAGAUGACUCUGAUGAAGAACCCAUGCCCCCUCAAUCAGCUAAGGAUCUAGGAUCCCCAGCCCUCAGCUACAAUCCAGGGCCAAUCUCCAAUCAUCUUUCCUUACCGUCUUCACCAAUGGUCACUCGAAAGGAGCGAAGAGGAAGCAAGUUGGCUGAUCCAAGUGAAUUUGGAUCAUUCCACUUCCGUAACUUGAAUGUAUUGGAGAAAGCGAAUAAGGAUGUCAUCAAUAGAUUGAAGUCACAGCAUUUGGAGCACCGCAACAGCUUCUCAUCAUCAUCGUCUGAUGGCACGCCAAUCGGAAACUCUAAGUCGAGGGGACUGUCAAUUUCAUCGACCGUUAUUAAUCCAGGAAGCCCCUUUAAACGGCCGGUGUCCCCUAAUACCAACACGAUUUCUCCUGCAAAGGAAAAAGCAGGAGGAGUUAGCUCGAAGAGGAAUAGUGCAGGUGCAGUGGACUGUGUUGACUCCCCUCGACCCAGACUACUGACGCAUUCUCUUUCCAAGCAAGUUAUACAGCGAAACUUAAGCGAGCUGUAUCAGUCACCGUCGAGUUCCGAUACUGAAGAUUCAUCUUCUGCCUUAAUGAGAAUAAAACGAAGACGUGAUAACUUGAGGCGUUUUGGCAGUACCAGUAGUAUUGGUUCAGUUCCUUUAUCAGCCACCAAUUCUUCGAAGGGCCCUCAGUACGAAUUAGAUGUGCUAUACUGUGAACCCAUCCCCAUUGUGAGACAUUCUGUUGCAAAAAUGUUGGAAAAAUGUGGAUGUGUCGUCUUGGGAGUAGCUGAUGGAGAUGAUUUGAUCCGAAGAGCUACUAGCAAGGUCAAAUUUGAUUUCAUAUUUACGGCAUUGAAGCUUCCAAAAGUUGAUGCGAUAGAUGCAGUGAAGUUGAUCAAAUACACAAGUGGGAUCAACAGCACAACGCCAAUUAUUGCUAUUACAGGUUUUGCCAAAGAUGCCAUUGAGCUGGGCAAUUUUGAUGAUGUAUUAGAAAAGCCCUUGGAUAUUGAAGUCAUAAGGAACUCGAUUGCGAAGUUUCAACUUGACAAUGUUGCUGUCGAAUCUGAUCCUGAAGAUUAA